UCUUCUUUAGUGAAGCAUCUUAUUCCAUCAGGAGCGGAGCAGGCAGCCCCACUGCUCUGCUGAUCUUCGGCUAGCGAUUUCUGAUGUUAAAUUUCACGCUUGGUCACCUUGUGCCAAACUGCCUGCCCCUCGGAUCCAAAUGAAGAAGAAAGCUGUCAGCAAGCGCUCCUCCCUUGACAGAAGCUGGCGUGCCUAUAAUCAAGCAUACAGUGCGCGCCAGGGGCUCAGAAGAUAGGGAAAGAGUGGAAGUGGGAGGUCCAGAGAAGCGUAUUUGUGCUGUGCCGGCCAUGGACAGCAACGGGGUGAGUGGCUACAAAGGAGGUGCGGAGUCUUGUACCUUUUUAAUAUCUACACAACAGAGGAAUUUCCAACCGGUGCAGCUUUUUGCAGCCCUACAGGGCAAGCAGCGCCUGCCACUUUGGUACAAAAGCGCCCGAGAAUAUAUGGUGGUGCUUUGGUUUCCGGGGAAACGAGCUAGGCCGUGCCCCCUCCUGGACUGAGCCAAUAUAUUCCAUUUCACAGAUGCCAUUUCUACCCCAGCAUUGCUAGCACUCCUUCCACACAGCAGAUUCCACACAAGGAAAGAACACCACACAAGAAGGCCACCCCCUCACCUAGGAACACGCACAGAAUAGAGGGGUGUGGGAGAGGUGGAAACCUUCGUUACAGUCCGAUUUCCUUUGUGCAUUCAGGAACCUAACCCCCCAAUUGCCAUUGACAUAAGGUCUCGUUAUCUGCAGUUUUGUUAUCCAUGGAGACUGGCGGGAACAGAACCCCUGCGGAUAAUGAGGCACACCUGCAAUAAUUUUAGCACAACCUGACAUUCAAAAAUGAAAAAAGCUGCAAGUUUCCUUUUUCUCUCAGUGCCAGGAAAUGCUGGAUUUCUGCACAUCCAGCUGCUUUUAAAGGCCCAGGAGCAAGGGAAUAUUAUUGGUUCCGGCAUCUUUAUUUCACCCAAAGGAGUCCUCGAGCAUACUGGGUCAGUGGGUCUUGCUCUCAUAAUUUGGGUGCUCGGCGGAGGAAUCGCAGCCCUUGGGUCAUUGUGUUACGCUGAAUUAGGUGUUACCAUCCCCAAAUCAGGAGGGGAUUAUUCCUAUGUCACUGAGAUUUUUGGUGAACUAACUGGGUUUUUGCUGCUGUGGAGUGCAGUGCUUAUCAUGUAUCCCACCAGCCUGGCUGUUAUUGCAUUGACUUUUUCAAACUAUGUCCUACAGCCAGUGUUCCCCAACUGUAUCCCACCCUACAAUGCCUCCAGAGUCCUCUCCAUGGUGUGUUUAUUACUACUGACGUGGGUAAAUAGCUCCCGUGUCCGAUGGGCCACACGCAUCCAGGACAUAUUUACAGCAGGAAAACUCUUGGCCUUGGGCCUCAUCAUUAUCGUGGGCUUCGUACAGAUCUUCAACGGAAACUAUGAAGAACUGCUCCCAAGCAAUGCCUUCAAUUUCUGGAUGACUCCUUCGGUGGGGCAUUUGGCACUGGCCUUCCUUCAGGGCUCCUUUGCAUUCAGUGGGUGGAACUUCCUAAAUUACGUAACAGAAGAAUUAGUUGAUCCUCGCAGGAAUCUACCUCGUGCCAUAUUCAUAUCCAUCCCAUUGGUGACCUUUGUGUACACGUUCACCAAUAUUGCAUAUUUCACUGCCAUGUCACCCCAAGAGCUCUUGUCUUCCAACGCUGUUGCGGUAACAUUUGGUGAAAAGUUACUGGGCUAUUUUUCCUGGGUUAUGCCAGUCUCUGUGGCUCUGUCUACAUUCGGAGGAAUAAAUGGAUACCUUUUUACCUCAUCAAGAUUGUGUUUCUCUGGAGCCCGAGAAGGCCAUUUACCCAGCUUGCUGGCCAUGAUUCACGUCAAGCACUGCACUCCAAUUCCAGCCCUCCUUGUCUGUUGUUUUGCCACAGUCAUCAUUAUGCUUGUUGGGGAGACAUACACAUUAAUUAAUUAUGUGUCCUUUAUCAAUUACCUCUGCUAUGGAGUGACAAUAAUCGGCUUGAUUGUGCUACGCUGGAAAAAACCCAAAGUCUUCAGACCCAUCAAGGUCAAUCUCCUGGUUCCAAUCACUUACCUGAUAUUUUGGGCCUUUCUCUUGAUCUUCAGUUUAUAUUCUGAGCCAGUAGUCUGUGGAAUUGGACUGAUUAUCAUAUUAACUGGAGUGCCAGUGUUUUUUCUUGGAGUGUACUGGAAGAACAAACCAAAGUGUAUAAAUAGGCUAACAGAAUCCUUUACGCAUUGGGGCCAGAAGGUGUGUUUUGUCGUCUAUCCUCAGGGGGGAUCUUCAGAAGAGGAUGAUCUACCUUUCACUCAUUCACCCCUCCCAGCAAGUGAAAAGACCUUGAAAAAAUGAUUUAUUUUACACAACAGUAGUAGUGGGGUUUUUGUUGUUGUUUACAUAAUGAUUUUUUUUUUUUAAAGAAGAAAAAAAUCUUGAAAAUGUAUUUUUUAGAAAUCCAGUAGCAAAACACAUAAAAUGAGAAACACCAUUUCAAGAGCUCUAGUGGACAGCUAAUAGCACUUAGCUAUUUUUCCUAAAAAGAAAAAAAGAGAAAAAAAGAGAAAAAUAAAAUAAAAUGAGCUGGU